ACAACCCUGAGGAAUUCCAGUUCCUGCAGGCACUAACACAGACUGUGAGACUCCCGCUCUGGUUUGGAGGUUCAGCCCAGGACCUUUAAAAGAAGCAGUAGGCAGUGAGAAGCUGUGAAGACCCUUGCAGAGAACCAAAGUGAAGUAACCUGUGGUGCUUAAACGGACACUCACCAUGCUGACCCUGACUGUGAUCCUGCUUCUCAGUGCCCCCUUCACGCUGGCUGGCACAAAGGAGGGGUCACAGAACAAACCAUGCCGACAAGGAUGGGUGAAAUUUCAAUCCCGCUGCUUUCAGUUUAUUAGGACUCCCAGAACAUGGAUGGAGGCAGAGAGCCACUGUCUCACCCUUGGGGCCAACCUGGUGUCAGUUCACAGCCCAGAGGAGUCCCACUUUCUAUUGCAGUUGACAGAUGGUUCCCCUGCCUGGAUUGGGGGCUCUGAUGCUGUCCAGGCACACUUUGUAAAGAGCCCAUUCACCACUUUCCAACAGAACAGACAAUGGUUCUGGAGUGAUGGCUCCACAUUUGGUUACCAGAUCUGGGCGAAAGGAGAACCAAACAACUUUAAUAGCACCAGAGAACCAUGUAUUGAGAUGAACUAUGGAAAGGAACAUCGCUGGAAUGAUAAUAUUUGUGACAAAACAUUUUCUUCUGUGUGCUUAUUAAAAACAAGUUGAAUCAACUGGAACCAACAAUGCAUCUUCAAUGAACACACUAUGCUGAAGUUGAACACUGAAUUAUCUGCUGUAAAUGUUUGUUCUGAAGGGAUGUUGCUGACAUUAAAUGGUCUACACACAUUUUUUUAAUUUUCAUAACUGCCUUGCAUCCCUUAAAGAUUCCUACAAAA